AUGCGCCCUAUUAGAGCAACUUGUUUGUCUAUACCUAAUUAUCCGUCUUUUCAAACAUAUGAACUAAAAAAUCUUAGUUCAAGGGCCAUUAGCCGGGCCGUCUCUCUCCCGAUUCCGCAGGCUUCAGUUUUGGAGCAGCCUAGUGCUGAUUUGUAUCCCAAUGCUAGCCAAUGGUACCAUUCCGUCUCCUCAAAACUUGCCCCAAGCUUUCCUGGAAAAGCUGUUGGAGUGAGAAUUGGCCAAGGUGUUGCAGCAGAAGCUGCUCUAGCUGUGGUGGCCAAGGAAGCACCAGCAGCAGAAGAUGAUGAUGACCUUGAUCUCUUUGGUGAUGAAACAGAGGAGGAAAAGAAGGCAGUAGAACAGAGGGAGGCUGCCAAAGCAUCCACCAAGAAGAAAAAGAGUGGAAAAUCAUCCGUUCUUAUGGAUAGUAAACCUUGGGAUGAUGAGACAGACAUGAAGAAGCUCGGCUGCAUUUGCUGUUGA